AUGGCCGAGUUCUUCCGUUUUCCGUGGCGUGGAGCGCGAAAGCGUGAGCUCUCACCUGGCGUGGUGCGAGCUCCGCCGGCGUCGGACGCGAGCGUGAGCGAUGGAUUGAUUGCUCCAGUGCCACAAAAGGACUCACUCUGCCAAGAAGAUUGUCAUUUGCAGAGCGGUGAAAGUUUGACAUAUUCAGGGCCGAACUUUCCUGAGGAUAUCUGGUUCCAUAUACACUCGCUAUUACCACUGCAUGAUUCUGUCCAUUUUGCCUGUGUUUCUCGCACAUUUAUGUGCUUUUGGAAAUGCCACCCCAAGCUUAUCUUCACUGAGGAGGCACUGGGCUUGAAACGAAAUGCUUGUGAAAAAGGUGACAUAGCAAAGGAUUUUACUAGCAGAGUUGACAGUAUUCUUAAAAAUCACAUAGGUGUUGGCGUGAAGACACUGAAGAUUGUAGUCUAUAAUCACUAUAAUGUUGAUGCCAACCAUUUUAAUAGUUGGCUUCAGAGUGCAAUUACACCAGGGAUUGAAGAAAUCACCCUUUUCCUACCUACAAAUUAUAGGGACGGGUAUAACUUCCCAUGCUCAGUUUUACUCAAUGGCCGUGGAAACUCAAUUCGGUAUCUUCACCUCACCUAUUGUGCGUUCCGGCCCAUGGUUGGAUUUGAUUGCUUGAGAAGACUGACAAAGCUACAUCUAUAUCAAGUGCGCCUCACGGGGAAUGAGUUAGGAUGUCUUAUUUCCAAAUCUUUUGCUUUGGAACAGUUAGAACUCAUGUCUUGCGAUGAGCUAAUCUGCCUGAAGAUCCCAUUAUGUCUGGAGCGUCUCAGCUGCCUGCGUGUCACUUGGUGCAAAAUGCUUAAGGUAAUAGAGAGCACGGCCCCAAACCUUUCCUCUUUUGACCUCUUUGGUGAUUCAAUACAACUCUCACUUGGAGAAUCAUCACAACUGAAGAACCUGCAUGUGGGCUUUUCAUACCAUGACAACUUUGUCAGCUAUUCUAUUACCAGACUUCCUUCCAUUGUGCCACAUCUGGAAACUCUUACGAUAUCUUCGACUGGUGAGACGGUUGAUACACCAAUAGCAGUUGACAGAUUCCUCCACCUCAAGGGCUUGAAGAUUUACCUUGAAGUUGAUUAUUUGGCCUUUUCUCCAGCCUAUGAUUAUUUGUCGUUGGUUUCCUUUCUGGAUGCAUCUCCUGCUCUGGAGACUUUUAUCUUGAGUGUUAAUCAUGUGGAGGAAAUGGAACAUGUUUCGGUUUAUGGGUAUGUCUCGCCUAUGAGGCAGAUCCAUGGUCUCAAGCAUCACAGGCUCAGGAAGGUGCACAUCAAUGGUUUCUGCUCUGCAAAGAGCAUGGUUGAGUUGACAUGCCAUAUCCUACAAAAUGCAACGUCACUUGAAAGUCUUACCGUGGACACCAUAUUUAACGAGGUGGCAGAUAGUAAUAUUAGUCGGUGUUCUGUUCAAAGCACUGGUGAAUGCAGCCCCGUACGUAGGGAUAAGAUUUUGGAAGCGCGCAAAUCACUCAGCGUUAUCAGAAGUUACAUCCUAGGUAGGGUUCCUUCAACGGUUAAGUUGAAUGUUGGGGAGCCUUGUAACCGAUGCCACGUUAUAGAUGUCUAG